CCCAAAUUUGUACGGCUAGAGAAAACCCAUCUUCUUGAACCCUUGGCGGAGUGGUAGUGUGUAGCGCUUCCAUUUCUUUGCUUUCUCUCUCGAUCUUCGCUAUAAUCUCUCCUCCCUUCCAAUCCAUUCCACUCCUCGUCCGCGGCGGCAAAUUCUGGCCAGAUCAAGAUUCGUCGCGAGGAGCCUCGGAUUAGAUAGAUCGAUUCCUUUCUUUGCCGCGGCCGCGACGCUAAUCGAUCCGUGGCGCUAGAUAGUUGCGAUAUUUCGGGGCUGGAAGGAAGAAAGAUCGCAUCGCUUGGCUUGGAUUCCAAGGCUGUGACGAAGAAGAAGACGAAGAAGAAGAAGAAGAAGAAAGAGAUUUCGCAAGAGAGGGGGAAGGGUCUUUGUCGGCGGCAAUAGCUUCGCUCGCGCGGCGAGAGCUCGAUGUCAACAACGGAGCUGAGCCACGCCUGGGGCGGCCAAGACGAUGCAUCGCGGCGAUUCAAGAGGUCAGCUUUGGAUCUGAGCUUGAGCAUUGGUGAUUUCCAGACGAAAAGACUCCACCAGGAGGAAGGGGACGAUCUUCCUCUCGCUCGCUUUGGCUCUCACCCCAUCCUCUCGCCCGGCCAGGCCAUUCUUUUGGAGGUCAAGCCCGACGAGAGCUGCUGGACGCGGGAUCAUCCCAAAUUCCAGGAAUCGCCCAAAGAUUUGGAUUCUUGCAGCGGCACCAAUCAAUCCAAGCCCAGCGCCUCCGGGGACGUGGAAUGCAGCAGCCGGGAUUGGAUGUCGAGCCCUCCUCUCUUCGACAGUGCCAAGAGGCCGGCUCCUCCUCACGAUCAUCACCAUCAAGGCUUGGUAGGAGGAGGGAUGAUCUCAGUUCCUCCUCCAUCUCUCGAUUCCUCGCCGACGGCUUUCGGCGGCCAGGCGUCCGAGCCGCGGGUCUUCCCUUGCCCGUAUUGCCAGCGCAAGUUCACGAGCUCGCAAGCGCUGGGCGGCCACCAAAACGCCCACAAGAGGGAGCGCACCGCGGCGAGGCAAGCGCAGCGAUCUCACAGCCUCGCGCAGGCCUACCGCCACAUCCACUCGCCCAUCCUGGGCUCCGGGGCCAGCUCCCUCGACAGGAAUCUCGGGGUGAAAGCCCACUCGGCCGCGCAUCUCACCGCCACCACGCUGAUCGAGAACGCUGUGCGAUCGGCGAAUGGUGGCGGCGGGGGAAGCCCAGCGCCGGCUCUCCCGACCGGGCACCACGGAUGGCUGCGACCAGCCUCGAUCUCAUUGCAGCCGGCGGUGGGGAAGUAUCUGGGCGGAGGAGGAGGAGGAGGAGGGAUGAGGAGCGGUGCUCGGUUUGAGGAUCUGGUUGGAGGGGGCAGGGGAUUUGGAGCAAGCUUCCUCGACGAGGAUCUUCCGGGCGGCAAGUGGCCGCGGAGCUUUUAUCAGAACGUUCAUGUGGCAGUGGCCGAGGACAAUGCCACCACCACCGCCACCACCACGGCUCACAAGCAGAGUACCACGGCUACGAACUUGGAAGAUUUGGCGAGGGAUGGAGAGCGGAGUGGCGGUGGCGGAGGUGGCGGAGGUGGUGGCGGCGGCGGGGGGCUGUUUCAGUUGGAUUUGUCGCUGCGGUUGGGAUCUUUGUGCUCGUCGCAGACGUGUGAUCCGAUUUGAUCCAGAGUUUCCUGGCGAUGGUGGUGGUGCUGUAAAUGGACACGAGGUGGAGAGAAGGAAAGUUGCAGUGACUUCUUCUCGAGGCUCUACAACUUUUUGCGGAGAUUACGACUCAACGCGAAGGCUCCGGCUCCAUGGAGAGAAAAGGGCUCCGGGACACGUUCUUCGCGAGCUCGCAACUUUUCUUUUCCAGAGUGUUUGAGUCCGAUCAAGGAUCAAAGUUUCCAUUUUUACUUCCCUCUUUUUAAGUCGAGAAGGCAGGCUGGACAAUGCAAGAUCUAGUCUCUCUUCUUGUGUA